AAAAUCUUAUUUUUUAUAGUGUUUUUUCUUCCAUUUUGCUCUGCAUUUUUCCUCAGGCCCUAAAAUCUAGAGUUUCGAUUAUUCCAAACCCUAGAGCUCGUAGAAGCUUCAUUAAUGGCGGCGUCAGGCAUGGCCAGAUCCGCCUUCUCUGCAACUGCUGCUCUGCCGUCGGAUCGUGUGUCUCAACGGCUGGGAAGCUUUCAGGCUUCUAGCUUUGAUGGUAAGCUGAGUUUAACUAAUGGGGGAUUUCUGGAAAAGUUUUUCGGGUCUGUUCGGUUUGGAAAAGGUGCCAUGAUACAGGCUCACGGUGCCAAGAAUAUGCAGCCUAUAAGGGCUACAGCCACUGAGAUUCCAUCAAGAGUUCACCAUUCGCCAAGCAGUGACAAGAUAAAGAUUGGAAUUAAUGGAUUUGGUCGGAUUGGAAGAUUAGUACUGCGUGUGGCUGUGGAAGGUGAUGGUGUUGAAGUUGUAGCUGUCAAUGAUCCUUUUAUUGACGCAAAGUACAUGGCCUACAUGCUUAAGUAUGAUUCAACGCAUGGGCUUUUCAAAGGAACCAUUAAAGUCUUGGAUGGCACAACAUUGGAAAUCAAUGGGAAGAGGAUUGCAGUUACAAGCAAAAGGGACCCAGCAGAGAUUCCAUGGGGAGAUUUUGGGGUGGAGUAUGUGGUUGAGUCCUCUGGAGUUUUCACCACGAUCGAAAAGGCCUCAAAACAUCUCAAUGGUGGAGCAAAUAAGGUGGUGAUAUCUGCGCCUUCAGCAGAUGCACCAAUGUUUGUAGUGGGUGUUAAUGAGGGGAAUUACCAGCCAAACAUGAGCAUUGUCUCAAAUGCAAGCUGCACGACCAAUUGUCUAGCCCCUCUUGCCAAGGUGGUGCAUGAGGAGUUUGGUAUUCUUGAAGGUCUUAUGACCACUGUGCAUGCCACAACAGCUACUCAAAAGACAGUGGAUGGCCCUUCCAUGAAGGAUUGGCGAGGAGGGAGAGGAGCUGGGCAAAACAUCAUUCCAAGUUCCACUGGUGCUGCUAAGGCAGUGGGAAAAGUUCUUCCUGAACUCAACGGGAAACUAACUGGUAUGGCUUUCCGAGUUCCCACCCCCAAUGUCUCGGUGGUAGACCUAACAUGUCGUUUAGAGAAACCAGCCUCCUAUGAUGACAUAAAAGUCGCAAUUAAGGCUGCAUCUGAGGGUCCUCUUAGAGGCAUCCUUGGCUACACGGAUGAGGAUGUUGUCUCAAAUGACUUUGUUGGUGACUCUAGAUCAAGUAUUUUUGAUGCUAAGGCGGGAAUAGGUUUGAGUUCUUCUUUCAUUAAACUCAUCUCAUGGUACGACAAUGAGUGGGGUUACAGUAACCGGGUGGUGGACCUGAUUGAGCACAUGGCACUGGUGGCAGCCCGGAAUUGAGACGGGCUUUUACAUGUUCCAGUUUUGGUAUAGGGAGCUGACGAAUCUUAACUCGGCAGUGUCCAUGGAAAAUGGGAGUUGUGAAAUAAAGAAAGUGGUAUUUUUUUAUUUGUCGUGGAGGGACUGGUUUUUUAGCAUCAGUGCCUUGUGUCUCGUGACUCCUUAAUGUUUUUAUGAUGAUAAGGCUAUUUUGCUAAGAAGCAAGUUCACCAUCUUUCAAUAAAAUUAGUUCUCUCUC